AUGCUCAUAGCUGUGCAAAAAAAGGUUUCUGACAUAUCGCCUCCACUGGCAGUUGACAAGAGUGGUAAUUUAUUGCUGGCAAUUCUAGCAAAACCAGGUGCAAAAGAAAACCGGAUCACAGAUGAGUUACAUCUUUUGGAUAAGUGGUUUCUAAAAAUGACAAAAGUUUUCUUAUUGCAGAACAAUGUUUCUGCUGAUGGUGUAGGUGUUCAGAUAAGUGCACCACCUGUUGAAGGGGAAGCGAAUAGUGAGUUGACGAAAUACAUUGCCUCAGUACUUGGAACCCGGAAGAGUGAUAUAGUUUUAGAUAAGGGCUCCCGAUCGAGACAGAAAACUUUACUCAUACUUGACAAGACUAUUUCAGCAGAACAGAUAAUGGAAAAACUUAUGAAGGAAGUACAGUAA